AUGGAUUUGAGAGUAGGCAAAAAAUACCGCAUUGGCCGUAAGAUUGGUUCAGGAUCAUUUGGUGACAUUUACUUGGGAACAAAUAUCAUAUCGGGCGAAGAAGUUGCCAUCAAGUUGGAAAACACUAAAGCCAAACACCCACAAUUGGAAUACGAAGCAAAAGUCUAUAAAGCAUUAAGUGGAGGAGUAGGUAUACCUUUUGUGAGGUGGUAUGGUACUGAAUGCGACUACAACGCCAUGGUUAUAGACUUGUUGGGUCCUUCGUUGGAAGAUUUGUUCAACUACUGUAACAGAAAAUUCACCUACAAGACUGUUUUACUAUUGGCUGACCAGUUAAUAUGUCGGAUUGAGUACAUACAUGCUAGAUGCUUUAUCCAUCGUGACAUCAAACCAGAUAAUUUUUUGAUGGGUAUUGGAAGACGAGGAUCUCAAGUGAAUGUGAUUGAUUUUGGUUUGGCCAAAAAGUAUCGUGAUCCAAGAACGCAUUUACACAUUCCGUAUCGUGAAAACAAGAAUUUGACUGGUACGGCAAGAUAUGCCAGUGUUAAUACACACUUGGGUAUUGAGCAAAGUAGAAGAGAUGAUUUAGAAAGUUUGGGGUAUGUGUUGAUUUAUUUCUGCCGUGGUUCAUUGCCUUGGCAAGGUUUGAAAGCAGCUACAAAGAGACAAAAGUAUGACCGUAUCAUGGAAAAGAAGAUGACGACGCCAAACAACAUUUUGUGCAAAGGUUUACCUAGUGAGUUUUUGGAUUACAUGAACUACAUCAAAACAUUGAGAUUUGAUGAUAAACCCGAUUACGCAUAUCUCAGGAAAUUGUUUAGAGACUUGUUCAAGAAGGAAAACUAUCGGUAUGAUUAUGUUUUUGAUUGGACGUUGUACAAAUUCCAAUUGGAAAAACAAAGGGCUCAGGGUAAAUUAGCUGAUGGAGAUAACAAUAAUCAGGAGAACAACGAUCAACAGCAAACACCACAGCAACAACAGCAAUCACAACAAACACCGCAACCACAACCGCCACAGCAACGGAGUCAGCAAGUACAGCAACAACAACAACAACAACAACAAGAUGCACAAGACCAACAACAACUUCAGGACUCUCAGCAUCAGCAGAAAAAUUUUGCUGACCCCCGCUAUCAAAACCAAAAAUCCAUGUAUACACCAAAUCAAACAUACCAUGCUGCUGCCCAAAAAGUACCACCACCAGCUCAACCACAAGCAAAUUCAGGCAAUCCAGCAUGGCUUUAA